GCCCGGCCCGAGGCGGCGUGCGGAGUGGGAGGAGCGGGGCACAGCCGGCCGGGGCGCUGGUGCCCAGGGGUCCCGGCGCGGGGGCGGCGGGCGCAGGAAGGGGUCCGGCGCGCCGAGGACCCCCGGGCGGACCGGGCCGAGCGCGGGCCGCCAUGGGCCCCGGGGGCAGCCGGCGCCUGCAGGAGCCCGGCGCGGUGGCGGGCACGCCGGCCAGGAGCGGGGCGACCAGCUUGGGCUUCGACAACUGCCCUCUGGAGGAGGCGGCGGCUGCGGAGGGGCGGCUCUGCGCGGCCGGGGGAGCCCCGACUCUCGCAGACUCUGCAGAGGGCCCGGCCCCCAACGACCGCUACCACGCCAUCUACUUCGCGAUGCUGCUGGCCGGCGUGGGCUUCCUGCUGCCCUACAACAGCUUCAUCACCGACGUGGACUACCUGCACCACAAGUUCCCAGGGACCUCCAUUGUGUUCGACAUGAGCCUCACCUACAUCUUGGUGGCUCUGGCGGCGGUGCUGCUGAACAACGUGCUGGUGGAGAGGCUGAGCCUGCACACCAGGAUCACCGCGGGCUACCUCUUGGCCUUGGGCCCCCUCCUCUUCAUCAGCAUCUGUGACGUGUGGCUGCAGCUCUUCUCGCGGGACCAGGCUUACGCCAUCAACCUGGCCGCUGUGGGCACCGUGGCCUUCGGCUGCACAGUGCAGCAAUCCAGCUUCUACGGGUACACGGGGAUGCUGCCCAAGAGGUACACGCAGGGCGUCAUGACUGGGGAGAGCACGGCCGGCGUCAUGGUCUCGCUGAGCCGCAUCCUCACCAAGCUGCUGCUGCCGGACGAGCGGGCGGGCACGCUCAUCUUCUUCCUGGUCUCCGCCGGCCUGGAGCUGCUCUGCCUCCUGCUGCACCUGCUGGUGCGGCGCAGCCGCUUCGUGCGCCAGCACACCCUGCGGCCCCGCGACCGCCGCCCGGGCCUCGGCGCCGGCUACCGCGUGCACCACGACGUGGCUGCCGAGGACAUCCACUUUGAGGACCGGGGCCCAGCCCCUGCCGGAAGCGCGUCGCCGAAGGGCAGCCCGGCCCACGAGGUGGUCAUCCGCGGAAGGGGAGCCUACGUGCGCUUCGACGUGCCGCGGCCGAGGGCGGAGCGGAGCUGGCCGUCCUUCACAGCCCUGCUGCUGCACCGGUACAUGGUGGCCCGCGUCAUCUGGGCCGACAUGCUGUCCAUCGCCGUGACCUACUUCAUCACGCUGUGCCUGUUCCCGGGGCUGGAGUCCGAGAUCCGGCACUGCGCGCUGGGCGAGUGGCUGCCCAUCCUCAUCAUGGCCGUGUUCAACCUCUCCGACUUCGUGGGCAAGAUCCUGGCCGCCCUGCCCAUGGACUGGCGGGGCACGCACCUGCUGGCCUGCGCCUGCCUCCGCGUGGUCUUCAUCCCCCUCUUCAUCCUGUGCGUCUACCCCAGCGGCACGCCCACCCUCCGCCACCCGGCCUGGCCCUGCGUCUUCUCCCUGCUCAUGGGCAUCAGCAACGGCUACUUCGGCAGCGUGCCCAUGAUCCUGGCGGCCGGCAAAGUGGGCCCCCGGCAGCGGGAGCUGGCAGGGAACACCAUGACCGUGUCCUACAUGACGGGGCUGACGCUGGGCUCCGCCGUGGCCUACUGCACCUACAGCCUCACCCGUGACGGCCACCGGAGCUGCCUCCAGUCCUCGGCCGGCAACGCCUCCUUCCCCGCCGGCCUCUGAGCCGGCCUGCCGGCCCUGCCCUGCCCAGGGAGGGCCACCGAGACCCGCACCGGGGCCCCCGGGCCUGAGACCCCCUCCCCACCCCAGCCUGCCGUGCCUGCGAGCCCUGGCCGCCUCCGUGCCAACGCCACCCUCUCUGGGCCCGGCCGCCCGCACUGCAGCCCCAGGGCUCCGCCAGCUCUCAGAGGCCUCGGGCGUGUCACUGCCCCCACCCCGGGGCUCUGCCCAGCACUGUGCUCUGCGUCUCAUCUCACGCCCACGCCUCGCCCUCUGUCUGCGUCCAGGGCUCUGUGGGGGCCACUCACAGCCAUCCCCACUCAGAAGAGCGGACCGCCAGCCACUGCCCCCGUGGGGACCCCCACUGCCAGGUCAGCACUGAGGGCCCCUGGGCCCCAACCAUCCCGCCCACAGCCCCUGACUGAGCCCCUCCUCCCCUGGGGGCCCUCCAGGAGGACGGCCUGCCCCUCCCUGCCCACGGCACAGCUGUGACCGCCGCUCCACCGCUCUGUGUCCCACCAGCCACCUGUCUGUCCACUAACUGUACCGCACUGGCCAUUAAAAGACGAAGGCAGAGAAACUGCCCCACGGC